GCUGCAGAGAUGGAAGAAAAGCCCAAGGCCCAGCUCAAGACCAAGGCAGGGGCCAAGCCCAAGAAGGCCAAGCCCGAGAAGUCGGAGGCCACUGUUGCUCACGCGCGACCGUUGCAAGAGCCGGUGGUUGCAGAAAAGGAAGAAGGCUGGCCAAGUGUUGGAGGAACUGCUCAGCUACCUCGAGGCCAGGACACGACGGAGGCCGUGAAACGCCUGGUGAAGCGAGGCAACGGAGGGCGGUUCGAGCUGUGCUUGGAGAACAACUGGUGGAAGGAAACCCACAAAAAGUUCGAAAACGUCAAGGGCAAAGACAAGGCCCUCGGCUACACCCUGACCAGAGCCAGGGUUGCCUGUGGUGGCCAGGAAGGGCUGGACCAAGCCCUGCAGACCGGUGAAGUGAGGCAGGUCAUGGAGGAGGGCACCACUUACUACGUCUUCAAGGCCCAUCGUGUUUUCUUUCCUUUUCGUCCUCUGCUUUAUUUUCUCCUGCUCUGCAGGCAGAUCCAAGUGACCCACGAGAAGGGGGCAAGCAGUGAGACUGCUUGCGGAGUUUCUACAGACGUGGACCAAAAAGUCCACACAAAGUUCAAGGACUUCGUGCAUGCCCAGCGACCCAGCUGGAGGCAGCCGUGCCCCGGCGACUCUUUCUUUCAGCGAUCAGGACAGAAGCAAGCUGGAACAGCUGGUGAGAAGAUCUUUCUCGCCAUCACCAGCACGACGCCCACAGCCGUGACCAGCAAGGGCCUCUUGCAAACAAACCUCCAAGCCGUCUUGGGGAAGAUCUCGGAGCUUCACGAAGCCGCCGGGGCAGUCUCGGAGCUCCAGGAGAGCAUGUCCAUGUGCCGUGGUCUGGUGUCGUCUAUGUUCGUGGCCAACUGGCAGCAGCCAUUCUUGGCAUUCCCUGCCAUGAAGGCCAAGGCCGCCGAGAUUAAACACUGCCUGAGGCCAUGGCUCGAGGUGUGGAGGUUGCACUACAUGUCUCCACACUCACAAGAGGAUGCUGAAGUGCUGCUUCUCUUGCAGCGAGCAGUGGAAAUGGACGAGUUGCUAGAUCAGGAUCCCAGCCGGGCCGUGCUCCUUUACCAAGAUUGCCUCCGGCUUUGUGUCCUUAGUUUCGAGUACUUCGGCUUGAUGGGUCGUCUCAUGAAGCGGUUUUUGUUGCAGGGAGACAUGGCCUUCAAUGUGACCUUGAAGACUCACUGGCUGUGCCACGGACUUUUGGAAAGUGGGUACAACGGCGACCCACCGACAAUUGGUGAUAGAAAUCCCGUCUGUCGGGAACAGUCAGGGUACUCGUCCUCAGCGGGUCGCAACGAGGAGGCUUUGCGGCUCGGCAGAAGCCAUCCAGAGAUCAUCGCUGAGCCAGGGCUCCGGGUCCCACUAAGCACGCCCCACGAGUCGAAGACGAUCGGCAUCGAGAGCCCGGUAAGGCUGAAGGGCCUCAUCGGCUGUGUCCGGUGGCACGUCCUCACCAAAAGGCACAUGACGGUAAGAGUCGCCAACCGACCCAAGUCGGGUGAGGAGCUCCGAAAUUUCACAAAGCCUGGCAUGCAAGACAUUCGUUCGACGGCCGGUGGUGGAAGGCACAACACCUUCCUGCCCACUACCGUAAAUUCUCACGAGUGCUUCGAGGUAGGUCAGGACGCGCUGCUGUGCUGCGUUCGGGCACGAAGUUAA